CGGGGAGUCACGAGGACCAAUUCAUUUCUAGUACUCAUUAAUGGGCGGAGAGCCGAGCUGCAUACGACACUUGAAGAAACACAUAGUGCAUGCAUUCGUCUGCAUUUAAAUACCUGUUUACAACUGAAAAUAAAUUGUGUGAGCAAAUGGAUAAUGGAGACUGGGGAUACAUGAUGACUGAUCCAGUCACACUAAAUGUUGGAGGUCAUGUCUAUACCACAUCUGUGUCCACAUUGACUCGCUAUCCAGAUUCAAUGUUGGGAGCUAUGUUUAGGGGAGAUUUCCCCACUGCCAGGGACUCACAAGGCAACUACUUCAUUGAUCGUGAUGGAGCACUGUUCCGGUACGUGUUAAAUUUCCUACGAUCAUCGGAACUGACAUUACCAGUGGACUUUAAGGAAUGUGACUUGCUUCGGAAAGAAGCAGAUUUCUUUCAGAUUGAGCCCUUAAUACAAUGUCUCAAUGACCCCAAACCCCUCUAUCCUACAGACACAUAUGAAGAAGUAGUGGAAUUGUCAAGCACCAGAAAGCUCUCAAAAUAUUCUAACCCUGUUGCUGUCAUAAUAACUCAACUUACCAUUACAACCAAGGUGCACGCCUUACUGGAAGGUAUUGCCAAUAACUUUACCAAGUGGAACAAACACAUGAUGGACACAAGAGAUUGUCAAGUCUCUUUCACAUUUGGGCCAUGUGAUUACCAUCAGGAGGUCUCUCUCAGAGUCCAUCUAAUGGAGUACAUCUCUAAGCAAGGCUUUACAAUUCGCAAUACUAGGGUCCAUCACAUGAGCGAACGAGCAAACGAGAACACUGUAGAACAUAACUGGACAUUUUGUCGAUUGGGUCGAAAAACUGACGACUGACUGAAACACAUGUACGCAGUACCCACGAGGCAGUGUUAUGAAGAAACACUUUUUUUUUGUUCUCACCUAUUUAUUAACAGCCAUUGUAGCUGGACAUUUAGAAAACCAGGCGCUGCUUCAUAGAUGUUUCUGCAUAUGGCAUGCAUGUUUUUGCCUAUAAAACAAGUUAACUGUUUAAUAAUAAUCCCUCCCUGCUUUAAUAUUACAAAAAAAAACAAUGCAACCCUUAUCUAAAAUAUGGUAUUUAAAUGCUUCUCUGUGCAAUUUCCAUUUAUACAUGAAAAUCAAACCAGAAUAGAUCAGAGCAUUUGAUCAAACUCUUGACUCCCGGCGCAUUUUUGGUGAUUUCAGAGUGCUGUAGCUUUCAGAUUACCUAGGACAUUUUCACCCUAUUAAACAGCUAAUCAUUGUUAUUCACUAUGCCAAUGGAGUACAUUUGUAACGAUAUCUGGUAUUAUAUUGCAAAGAAUGUGUAACACACUCAGAAUGUCUGGGUAUUUACCGUAAUUGUCUGUGAAAUCGUUUCACUUAUAAAUCAGUUUGAGAUUACUCUUAAGUCAUAAAAAUGUAACUUCUGUCUUGUGCUUUAUUAAAAAAAAAAAAGACAAUUUUGUUCUUAUGAUCUGGUCUUCAUUUAGGACA